AACGUGGCAGAACCUUCCAGCACCAUCUCUCCCAUAUCUUUCCAGCACCUUCUAGCAUCAAGUUCCAGUACUUUUACACCUUAUAAAACCAUCAACUCCGACCACUAUACCUGUCAACUUCAAACAACACAAACACCCACAACAAAACCUUUCAAAAUUUCAUCUCAGAAUCCAGAAACAUCACAGCAAAAGAUGAAGAAAACGACGAAGCCGAUUGUCGACGACAAGAAGGAGGAAGCAGUGACAAUCCGAGCGGUGAGCGGCGACGAGGAAGGAAGAAAGAGAGUAGAGAAAACCGAAGUGAACACUCACAAAAUAGACACUCUCAAGUACGUAGAGAAGAAGCUGAUGGACAAGGGUGUGCUACGCAUGGAUCGCCACCCAGCUGAUGGGAUAGGAAUUGGGAAGCCACCACCGAAGUCUGGACAUGGCGGCAAGUACACGUGGGAAGGCCCCGAUGAUAUAGCUGAGAGCGAGUUGUCAGAAGUGCCUCCUGCGAUAGAUGAGAAGGACCCAAACUAUGUUGACGAGGAAGAGGAGGAGAAGAUUUUGAAGGGUGAGAAGAGUGAGGUGGCGGGCUUGGUUGUUGGGGUUGUGGAGGUACCUAAGGUUGUUGAGGAAAAAGAAGGGGUUGCUAGAAUUGAGGUUGAUCCUCACUUGAAUGUUUGAGAAAUUUUGGAAUAUGUGAGUUUGUGAAGGUUCAUCUGGUUUUGCAUAUGUUUUGUUUUGUUUUUGUUUCGUUGGUCUAACAUGGGUUGUAAGGGAAUGAAGUAAUUAAUGGUAUUUUAACUUUGUGUUA